UUACUUUCGGAUAACCUGUGAUUGGCCGACGCGUCUCACACUGACGUAUGAGUCAGUCUGCAUCAAAAUGGCGAUACACCUGUCUCCAUAACGGUGAUCGGCUCUAUUUUUUCGCGAUUUAGUUCAUUAUCACGUUCUAAACCGAGAGAGAAUUAUUAUUAGAGGGCGCCUCCGUUCACUAUGUCUACGGAGGAGCUUUCAGCCUCGGAUAGCGAGGCCGCGCUGGCCGGCGCCGGCGAGCGCUGGGCGCCGGUGGGCGCGGUGGCCAACCCCGAAGAGGAGCGCGCGAGUGGCGGUCAGCCUCGGCGGACAACCUCGGUCGGCGGAGGCGACGUCGACGACGAAAUGGCAGGGCGGCUGAGGAAGCUGGAGGAGGAGCAGGAGUUACUCAAUUCGUCGCUGCUCGCGCUCACGUCGCACUUUGCCCAGGUGCAGUUCCGACUCAAGCAGAUCGUCCACGCGCAGAGCGACGAGAAGGAAAAGAUGCUCACUGAGUUGGAGGAGUUCGCCUUCCGGGGAUGCCCACAUGUGCUCGGCUGCGGGCCCCGGGACCCCCAGCACCUCCACAACACGCAGGAGGACCUGAGCGAACGAGAGAAGCGAGAGCGUCUGGAAGCUCAGCGGGAGAAGCAAAAAGAUCUCAUCGUCCAGCUCAAGACGCAGCUGGAUGACCUGGAGCGUUUUGCCUACCAGGAGGGCAGCUACGACUCGCUACCGCAGUCGGUUGUCAUGGAGCGGCAGAAGGUUAUCAUCGACGAGCUGAUCGAGAAAUUGGACGUCAACCUGAAUGAGGACAUCGGCAACCUGUCGCCCGAGGAGCUGCGGCGGAGAGUGGACACUGCCAUCGCGCAGAUCGUCAACCCAGCGCGGGUGAAGGAGCAGCUGGUGGAGCAGCUCAAGACGCAGAUUAGAGACCUGGAGAUGUUCAUCAACUUCAUUCAGGAUGAGGUGGGCAACCCUCUACUGGGCGGCGACGACGACACAUGCGGUCAGCAGCCUCUAGCCGCCUCGGCCAAGGCCAGAACCCCCAGAGGCAAGAGGACUGCGGACCCGGAGCAGGCACGGAGGAUGCGUGAGACGGGCCUGCAGCUGAUCCAGAAGGCUCUGGCAGUGCUGCAGAUCUUCGCCGUCAGCCAGUUUGGCUGCUCCGCCGGCCAGGCUCCGUCGGGCGUGUGGCCGCAGGACUCUGCGCAGCGUGACUACGGUCCUCUGCUCCGCCGUCUGGAGGCAGCUGUGGACAAGGUCCGUGUGCUGGGCUCACGCCACCAGCCCGGCACAGACCACGUGGUCAACUACACCGGGAACUCCGCUCUGGGACCACGCGACGAGCUGACCACGUGCGUACGCAAGGACCUGGCGUUGGUUCUCAAAGACUUGCUGGCUCACGGUCUGGUGUCGCCGUCGCAGACCGUCAGCCUGGUCCUGGCGCCCAUCUCCUGCUUUCUGCCCCACCGGACUGCCGGCCCCCAAACCAUACACCCCUGGGAGCUCUUUGUCAAGUACUACCACACCAAAAACGGCAAGGCCUUCGCAGAGUCGCCUGCCCGCCAGCUCUCGCAGUCCUUCAGCCUGCCGGUAGGGGGUGGUCCGGUGACCGUCACCCCCAAACAGUCCCUGCUGUGGGCCAUCCACACGGUUCUGAAGGAGCACGGGCGCUACAAGCGAGGCCCCGACACGGAGUUCAAGGCACUGGUGUGCAUGGCGCUCAACGAGCAGCGGCUGGUGUCGUGGCUCAACCUGCUGUGCAAGGCGGGCACGCUGGUGCACCCGCACUACCUGGCCUGGAGCUACAUGGCGCAGACCGGCUUCGAGGGCGCCCUGCGCAUCCUGGGCCGCAUCAGCCACCUCAAGUUUGACCUGCCCGUCGACCUGGCCGUGCGGCAGCUCAAGAACAUCAAGGAUGCUUUCUGAGCACACCCGACCGACGCUAUCAAUGGAGAAGGCCAAAUCACAAUUCAAACAAUUAUAAAGUAUUAUGUGAUUAAAAUGAGGGAUUAAAAUGAGGGAUCUUAGGUUCUGUACAUACAUUAACUCGUUUUGAAACUUAUCUCUAAUUGAGUCAGUCAAUCUUUCCUGUCUGAAAAUCAAACGCGGCCCUCGAGCACCCACCCCGUGACAGCUUUCUGAUUAUCCUCAACAUUCUGCUACUGACAAAGUACAAAAGUAUCUCGACCCUCAUGGCUGACAAUCCACAAAUGAGGAGGCACUUGCACAGUGACUGACUUUGCUGCUUUUCUUGUUUCAUUGAAAAAGAAUUGAUGUGACAUGACUGUAGGUAUACCAUAUUGGUUGUGUCAAGGCUAUCUUCUCCUUGAAUGUAAACACCGUCGUUGCUAUUAAAGUGCUACCUACA